AUGGACAUGAUGGCAAAACAGCUGUCCCAGAUCGCGGUUUCUUUGAAUGAGAUGUGGGGAAAUGAAGGAAAACUUCCUGCCACGGUCAAGCCACCCGACCGAGCAAACAUUAGUCACAUUACCUUGAGAUCCGGGAGGGGCUAUGAAGGACCGACAUUGGAGAUCGACGAAGAAAUAUCCGCACAGGCAAAUAAAGGGAAGGAGAGUCAGGUGUUUCAAGGAAAUAGCCCUGGACCCAGGGAAGUUCCUGUUCAGGAUGACCUCCAGAAAGGAGAUUUAGGGGGAUCUCUACCUCGGGAAGCUGAUCCAUUUUUCCUAGAUCCAGAGCCUGAGUUAGUAAGUAAGGAAGAAAGUGGGGAAGCUGGCGAAAUCCCGGCUGGGAGUUCCACAAAUGCGGUGAAGCGAGCAAAGUCGUUUCCACACCGAGGAGAAGCAAAGAAAAAGAAGGAUGAUACAGAGGACCUCAUGAAGAUUUUUAGCAAACUGGAAAUCAAUCUGCCCUUUUUGCAAGCCCUGAAGAUGCCUGCCUUUAGCAAGUUCAUCAAGGAAUUCAUAGCUGGGAAGACCAAGCCAGACGGGAAGAUUGUGAUAGGGGAGAACGUAUCAGCUGUGAUACAAAAGAAAAGGAUGCCUUCGAAAUGCACAGACCCAGCAAUGAACACAAAGAAAUUGACAGAUGAUGAACUAACAGAGUCCAUCAUGGAGUUUUGCGGAAAUCCCGAGUCAGCUCGAUCAAGGGGAUCAGCCCAUGUGGCUAGUCUGGAGAAUUCUCCUGGGUCUGGGAAGGAGACAUUACCCGAAAUUGCAGAAAAAAAUCCCUUGCCCCAGGAGACGAAUAACACUAAGAAAGAACUGAAGACGCUUCCACCAGGUCUCAUGUAUGCUUACUUGGAAGAGAAUGAGACAUUCCCAGUGAUAGUCAACAGUAACUUGACCGAGGAGCAGGAGAAGGAACUUUUGGAAGUAAUCAAGCGGAACAAGAAAGUAAUAGGGUGGACUCUCUCUGAUUUAGUAGAAAUCAGUCCUGAUCUUUAUAUGCACCACAUCCGUUUAGAAGAGGGUGCUAAGGCUCACCGAGACGCACAACGGAAACUGAAUCCGAACAUGCGAGAGGAAGUUCUGAAGGAGGUUGUUAAGAAUGAAAAGAACGAGUUGGUGCCCACUAGGCUUGUGACUGAAUGGAGGAUGUGCGUCGAUUAUAGGAAGCUGAAUGAGGCCACGAAGAAGGAUCAUUUUCCCUUACCUUUCAUUGAUCAGAUGUUAGAAACAUUGGCUAGCAAACAGUAUUUUAGUUUCCUUGAUGGCUAUUUCCAUAUCUACGUUAACCCAGAGGACCAAGGGAAAACCACAUUCACGUGCCCUUUUGGAAUACAGGUGGACAAGGAAAAGGUAGACGUAAUAUCAAAGUUACCUUACCCCACGAACCAAAAGGAAGUUAGAGGCUUCCUGGGUCACGCGGGAUUUUAUAGAAGGUUUAUCAGGGAUUUCGCGAAAAUAGCGCAACCGCUCACUCAUUUAUUGCACAACGAUGUGGAAUUCGUCUUUGACGAAGGAUGCAAGAAGGCAUUUCAGUUGCUCAAGGACAGACUCGUGUCAGCACCAAUUAUCAGGGCGCCAGACUGGAAUCAUCAUUUUGAGAUAAUGUGCGACGCGAGUGAUUUCGCUGUGGGAGCUGUCUUAGGGCAAAAGAUAGACGGAAAAAGUUAUGUGAUCUUAUAUGCAUCCAAGACUCUAAAUCAAGCUCAAAAGAACUAUGAUACCACGGAGAAGGAAAUGUUGGCUGUCGUGUACUCAUUUGAGAAGUUCCGACCCUAUCUGCUUGGGUCGAGGGUUAUAGUUUUCACAGAUCACGCAGCGAUAAAGUACUUACUGGCUAAGAAAGAGUUUAAACCGAGGUUAAUCCGUUGGGUGUUGCUUUUGUAG